AUGGCCACCCCGGAUGAUUUACAGGCCAACUCGGAGUACAUUAGGAUGGCAGACCAGUACGUAGAGGUGUCGGGAGGCACGAACAAUAACAACUAUGCUAAUAUAGAUUUAAUACUAGACGUGGCGCAGCAAACAAAUGUAGAUGCGGUAUGGGCCGGAUGGGGCCACGCUUCUGAAAACCCAUGUUUGCCUGAGCUGCUGGCUAAUUCUCAAAGAAAAAUAUUAUUUAUUGGCCCACCAGGCCACGCMAUGAGAUCUCUCGGCGAUAAAAUUUCUUCCACUAUCGUUGCGCAAAGUGCUAAAAUCCCAUGUAUUCCUUGGUCUGGUUCUCAUUUAGAUACCAUUCAUAUCGACGGCCAAACCAAGCUGGUGUCUGUUCCAGAAGAUGUAUAUGCAAGGGGAUGCUGUUCCUCGCCUGAAGAUGCCUUGGAAAAGGCUAAAUCUAUAGGGUUCCCCGUAAUGAUUAAGGCAUCUGAAGGUGGCGGAGGUAAAGGAAUUAGACAAGUAGACGACGAGGAUGAUUUUAUUACAUUCUACCGUCAAGCCGUGAAUGAAUCCCCCGGAUCACCGAUGUUUGUUAUGAAGGUGGUCACCGAUGCACGUCAUUUAGAAGUUCAGCUAUUAGCUGWCCAAUAUGGUACCAAUAUAUCGUUAUUUGGAAGAGACUGUUCUAUACAAAGGAGGCACCAAAAGGUUAUAGAAGAAGCACCAGUAACUAUAACCAAGCCUGAAACAUUUUAUGAGAUGGAGCACGCAGCGAUUCGAUUAGGUGAGCUCGUAGGUUAUGUUUCCGCGGGUACCGUUGAAUAUUUAUAUUCACCGAAGGAUGAUAAAUACUAUUUUUUAGAAUUGAAUCCAAGAUUGCAAGUGGAACAUCCAACCACUGAAAUGAUAUCUGGAGUAAAUCUUCCUGCUGCUCAAUUGCAAAUUGCUAUGGGCAUCCCCAUGCAUAGGAUAAGUGAUAUUAGAAAGUUAUACGGUUUAAACCCCACGGGGACUUCACGGAUUGAUUUCAAAUCUCUGCCAAGACCUAAACCAAAGGGACACUGUAUCUCAUGUAGAAUCACUUCAGAAGACCCUAAUGAAGGUUUUAAACCAUCCACUGGGAAACUUCACGAGCUCAAUUUUCGUUCUAGCCCCAAUGUUUGGGGCUAUUUCUCUGUGGGAAAUAAUGGCGCCAUCCAUUCAUUUUCAGACUCUCAAUUUGGCCACAUUUUUGCAAUAGGUAAUGAUAGGCAAGAUGCAAAACAGAAUAUGAUUCUAGCUCUAAAGGACUUUUCUGUGCGUGGAGAAUUUAAAACACCCGUCGAAUACCUCAUUGAGCUAUUGGAAACUGAUGAUUUUGGUAACAAUAAUAUAACCACUGGUUGGCUGGAUGAUUUGAUUUUAAAAAACCUCAGCUCCGAUAUCAAGUUGGAUCCUAUGCUUACUGUUAUUUGUGGUGGUGCAAUGAAGGCAUACGUCUUUACAGAAGGAAUAAGGAACACUUACUUGAAACUAUUGCAAAGAGGCCAAGUUCCUCCCAGAAACUUGCUGAAAACCAAAUUCCCUAUUGACUUCAUUUUCAAUAAUAAGAAGUAUUUAUUCACUGUUUCACAGUCCUCUGAAGAGCGCUUCGUACUCUCUAUCAACAAUUCACAAUGUGAAGUUGAUGUCCAAAAGUUAUCCAACGAUUGCUUACUGGUCUCUGUUGGGGGUAGAUCUCAUACAGUUUAUUGGAAAGAUGAUAUUGGUGGUACAAGGCUUUUAAUAGAUUCAAAGACUACGUUCUUAGAGUCAGAGCUCAACCCAACGCAAAUGAUGUCACCUACUCCAGGAAAAUUAAUGAAAUUCUUAGUUUCAAAUGGUGACCAUGUUUCUGCUGGACAGCCAUACGCAGAAAUUGAAAUUAUGAAAAUGCAGAUGCCGUUAGUAGCCAAGACUAAUGGAAUUAUUGAACUAUUGGGACGACCUGGUUCCAUCAUCGAAGCAGGCGAUGUUAUAGCAAAAUUAACCUUAGACGCGCCCUCGAAAGCCAACGAAUCGUCUUUAUACCAGGGAGAAUUACCUGCUUUAGGCCCACCGGUAAUAGAAGGUAGCAGACCAAUCCAUAAAUUUAGAACUUUAGUAAGUAGAUUGGAAAAUAUCCUUAAAGGGUAUACCGAGAGUGUUGAAAUAGGAGCCUCUUUAAAGGAAUUGAUAAAAGUCUUGAGAGAUGGUAGACUUCCUUAUUCGGAAUGGGAAUUUCAAGCCUCUGCAGUGCGUAAUAGAUUACCAAAACAAUUGAACGAGAAACUAGAAAAAAUAAUCGAGAACUCUGCCUCUUUUCCUGCGGAAGAACUGCAUGUCUUGCUGAAACGCUACGUCAAAGAAUACGCGGAUGACCAUGUAAUAUGCAUUGCUUUGCAGCCGCUACUUAAUAUUGCCAAAAGGUAUUACAAUGGUUUGGAUAAUCACGAAUAUGAAGUUUUCUUCAAGCUAAUUGAUAAUUAUCACGCUGUUGAGAAAGCUUUUGAAAGUGAUGAUGUGGAUGAAGAAAGAAAUAUAUUAGACCUACGCAAUAAAGAAUCAAGUAAUUUGAGAAACCUUUUGAGCAGAAGUUUAUCUCAUGCUAAUUUGUCCAGCAAGAACAAGUUGAUUAUGUCGAUCUUGCGCGAAUAUGAACCGUUGUGCCAAAAUUCCUCUGGUAUUGCGUUAAAAUUUAAGACUGUUUUACAGGAUUUGGCAACCCUAAAAUCUAAAUUGACUAAACAGGUUGCCGUAAAGGCUAGAUCGAUGUUACUUAGAGAUUCACUGCCUCCUAUCAAGGAGAGAAAAAAGCAUAUUGAAAAAAUGCUGCAAUUGCAUGCUAAUAUUAUAGGCUGUAAACAAAUUAAUGAAGACGACAUAUAUUUAUGCGUGAAAAAUUUUGAUAACUUAAUAAAUUCAAAUUUGGCGCAGUUGCAAGAUUUGUUUUUAUUCUUCGGACAUUCAAGUACGUUUUUUUGCAGAAUUGCAUCAGAAAUUUACGUAAGGUAUGCCUAUGGUCCUUACCAUUUGAAGGGAUUAAACAGUUACAGAGAAAUACCAAAUGUUUUGAUGUCAUGGCAAUUCGAUUCAUCCGAAAAGAUUUUGCCCAGCUCAAACGAUGGCAUCGAUAAAGAAAUAAAUUCUUCUAGGCUUUCUUGCAUACCCAGCAAGGAUUCGUUGAGAAAGAUCGGUUUUCUUGUAAACAUAGGUGAAUUUGAUUCUAUGGAAAAGACGUUGGGUGUGCUAUACGAAAAGGUUCAUGCCUCGGGAUAUGUUUCCGUUAGUGGAGGAAACUCUCUCAUUGUGAAUGUGCUCUCUCCAAUGCAUUUCAAAAAUGAAGAAGAUCUAAUCAGCAGGGUGAAGACUAACCUUCUUGAUAAUAAAAAGCGUUUAAGUGACCUACGCUUUAGUCGUAUCACUUUCGUAUUUACCCCAGAAAAUGGUUCGCGUGUUAAUUUUUACUCUUUCGAUGGAAUGACUUAUAACGAAAUUCCUCAAAUAAGAAACAUGGAUCCGUCCUACGAAUCAUCGAUGGAGUUGGAAAGAAUGUCGAACUAUAAAAUCAGACCUCUAUUCGCGUAUGAUAGCAAUGUACGCAUUUUCGAGGGUAUAAGCAAAUUUACGCCCCUCGAUAAAAGAUUUUUUAUUAGAAAAGUUAUAAAUUCUUCCCUUGUUAACGAUCAGACAAUCAUCCUCAGGCAUCUAGAAGCAGAAAUUGACGCCCAGGUACGUCGUAUGUUAGAGUAUCUGGAAGCUAUCGAUACGUCAAAUUCGGACCUGAAUCAUGUUUUCUUGAAUUUCAAAGCACCUUUUAAUACAUCAGCACGCCAUUUCAAGGACAUCCUAGAAAAAACCCUCAAAAGUCAUGAGAGUAAGUUGUUCCAAGAAAGAGUCACGGAUAUAGAAAUUCGAGUAUUCAUCAAAUGCCCAGAAACCAUGAAACCCGUCCCGCACCGGUUAUUUGCUUCUAAUAAAUCAGGAUAUGUGAUUAACAUUGAAACAUAUAAUGAAGUAAGUGAGGAAAAAGGUGGUACAAUAUUAAGCUCAUUGAGUAAGCAAGGAUAUUUCGAUGGGGAAUCUGUCUCUUUGCCUUACGCUGUCAAGGACUGGUUACAACCCAAAAGAUACAAAGCUCAGUUUAUGGGUACAACGUACGUCUACGACUUUCCAAGUUUGUUCCGUCAGGCUGCCACUCAGCAAUGGAGGAGAUAUUUUCCAAAGCACAGGUUGAAGGACAAUUUUUUUAAGUGGACUGAACUGAUCGAACAAAAUGGAAAAUUAAUUGAGGUAAACAGGGAACCAGGUAAUAAUGAUAUAGGAAUGGUUGCUUUUGAACUGAUGGUUCAAACACCUGAAUACCCAAAAGGGCGCAAAAUGGUUGUGAUAUCAAAUGACAUUACUUUCAACAUUGGAUCUUUUGGACCGAAGGAAGAUUCGUUUUUCAAUAAAGUUACAAAUUAUGCAAGAGAAAAAGGUAUCCCGAGAAUAUAUUUGGCAGCCAAUUCGGGCGCUAAACUCGGUAUAGCCGAAGAGCUGAUUCCGUUGUUCCAUGUGGCAUGGGAUGAUCCCUCCGAUCCCACAAAAGGUUUCAAAUACCUGUAUUUGACACCAAACGACAUGAAACAUCUCAAAGAUACUGGAAAGGAAAAGUCAGUAAUCGUAGAACACAGAAUGGUUUACGGUGAGGAAAGAUAUAUUAUCAAAACGAUAGUCGGAUCCGAAGAAGGUUUAGGGGUUGAAUGUCUGCAAGGAUCGGGUUUAAUUGCCGGUGCUACUUCAAAAGCGUACAAGGAUAUAUUUACGAUCACAGCGGUUACUUGUAGGUCUGUUGGUAUAGGUUCUUACUUGGUUAGACUGGGACAGCGGACUAUUCAAGUUGAAAAUAAGCCUAUCAUACUGACGGGAGUAUCAGCUAUUAACAAAGUCCUAGGCACAGAAAUCUAUACAUCCAACUUACAAAUAGGUGGUACACAAGUUAUGUAUAGAAACGGGAUAACGCAUUUAACGGCCAGUAAUGACAUGAAGGCCAUCGAACAAAUAUUGACUUGGUUAUCAUAUAUUCCCGCAAGAAGAGAUAUGAGCAUCCCAAUUCUUGAAACAACGGAUAGAUGGGAUAGGGAUGUAGGCUUCAAGCCUGUCAAGCAAGUGCCCUAUGAGACAAGGUGGCUGAUAGAAGGUAAGCCGGGCAUAAAUGGCGAAUUUCAGUCCGGUCUUUUUGAUAAAGGCUCGUUUUUUGAGACGUUGUCUGGAUGGGCCAAAGGCGUAAUUGUUGGCAGAGCACGUCUUGGAGGUAUUCCUGUGGGUGUGAUUGCAGUGAGGACGAAAACUAUCGAAGACGUGAUCCCUGCUGAUCCAGCUAACCUGAAGUCAUCAGAGUUUUCAAUCAAAGAAGCGGGACAAGUUUGGUAUCCAAAUUCUGCAUUCAAAACAGCUCAGACUAUAAACGAUUUCAACUAUGGUGAACAGUUACCACUGAUUAUUUUAGCCAAUUGGAGGGGAUUUUCUGGCGGUCAAAGAGAUAUGUAUAAUGAGGUGUUGAAAUAUGGAUCGUUCAUUGUUGACGCUUUAGUUGACUAUAAACAACCAAUACUGAUAUAUAUCCCGCCUUUAGGUGAACUAAGGGGUGGAUCAUGGGUUGUUGUAGAUCCCACCAUUAAUCCAGAGCAAAUGGAAAUGUAUGCUGACGUUGAAUCUAGAGGAGGCGUAUUGGAACCUGAUGGAGUAGUCAGUAUCAAGUAUCGUAAAGAGAAGAUGAUAGAGACAAUGAUUAGACUGGAUUCUACGUAUGGACAUUUGAGGAGAACGUUGACAGAGAAAAAAUUAUCGUUGGAGAAACAAAAUGACCUUACUAAGAGGCUGAAAUUCAGAGAGAGACAGUUGAUGCCCAUUUAUAACCAAAUAAGUAUACAGUUUGCAGACUUGCAUGACAGGUCUACUAGGAUGCUGGUUAAGGGGGUGAUCCGAAAGGAAUUGGAAUGGACCAAGUCACGUAGAUUUUUAUACUGGAGAUUAAGGAGAAGGUUGAAUGAGGGUCAAGUGAUCAAAAGAAUGCAAAGUAAGAUCUGCGACAACAAGACAGUAAUGAAGUAUGGUGAGUUGUUGAAAAUAGUUCAGUCAUGGUAUAGCCACCUGGACGGAAACGACGAUCGGGCAGUAGCGGAAUUCAUAGAGAAAAAUACCAAGGAAAUUAACAAGAAUAUUGAAGAGUAUGAAAUUUCACUGUUUGUUAAUGAACUAAAAAAGAAAUUUGAAGACAAAAACGGAAACAUUGUCCUUAAAGAAUUGACUAAAUUAAUAGACAAUAAGCGGAAGAAAUAG